AUGGAGAAGGAUUAUGUAGACUGUUUGGCACAGGAAAAAGAGCUUGGCGUGCAAGCUCCCGUGGGUUUCUGGGAUCCAGCAGGGUUUACCUCUGCCGGUGAUGCAAUCGAAUUCAGGCGCCGCCGUGUCGUUGAGCUCAAGCACGGUCGCGUGUCCAUGCUCGCCUGCACUGGGUACAUCGUGCAGGAGUUCUUCAGAUUCCCAGGAUUCCUUUCUCCAUCCACAGAUCUCAAGUUCUCCGACGUGCCCAAUGGUUUGGCAGCGGUGACGAAGGUCCCCGCAGUCGGAUGGUUCCAAUAUACCGUCUUCUGUGGCAUCUGCGACCUUUGGUUGUGCCAUCAGGUAGCAAGCAACCCUCCGGGCAAGCUGACCACCCGCCUCUUCGGCGAUGAAGCGUUGAAUUACGAGUACGGCUUCCUGGGCAUCCCCACUUAUUUGGGCGGCCAGGCCAUCAGCGAUCCUGAGCUUCGUCAGAAGAAGCUCAAUGCCGAGCUUGCAAAUGGUCGCCUGGCCAUGAUGGCCAUCAUUGGCAUGUUUUUCCAGGAUGGACUCACAGGCUCGGCCUGGGGCGACUGGGCGAACUAUGUGGACUCUCCUCUGCGAGCCUUCGAGAAUGAACUCGGUGUGCAGGAUGGGGAUGUUGAGACUUUCCGGCGCCGCAGAGAGUCCGAGAUCAAGAAUGGUCGAGUCGCCAUGUUUGCCACGAUGGGAUAUAUAGUUCCAGAAUACUUCAAGUUCCCGGGCUACUUGGCGCCAUCUUCGAAUCUGAAAUUUGCGGAUGUGCCCAAUGGACUCGGCGCAAUCACCAAGGUGCCUGCCGAGGGCUGGCUGCAGUGGGUCGCCCUCUGCGGCUGCUAUGAGCUUUGCGUCAACCAGCCGGUGGACCCUGCAGACCCUGGCAACUACGGCAAGGGCAAGCUGGGUUAUGGUAACAUGGUCCUUGGCAUCACGGCUGAGCCUAUGGCAGACGACGAGGCACGCACACGUGGAAGGAACUCCGAGCUUGCCAAUGGUCGGCUCGCGAUGAUGGCCAUUGUCGGCCUUUGGGUCCAGAACGGGCUGUUCGGCACUCCAUAUGGACUGUACACCGGCUCCAGCGCAUUUGAGAACGAGCUCGGAGUGCAAGCUCCUGCUGGAUUCUGGGACCCGCUCGGCUUUACCAAGGACCCGGCGUGGCAUGCAUCCCUGUUAUCUUUGCAGCACAAGUUCAACUGUGGUCGGAUGUUAGGGCUGGCUUGUUUGGGAUACAUUGUCCCAGAGUACUACCGAUGGCCCGGUGACCUCUCCCCUUCUCUGGGCCUGAAGUUCACCGAUAUCCCCACUGGCUUCGCAGCCUUCAGCAAGGUGCCUCUGUCCGGCUGGGCGCAGAUGGUAGCCUUCGCUGGUUCUGUCGAGCUCUUUCAGUAUGUCGACGAUCCCAAGAGGGCCCCGGGUGACUUCGAGAAUGCCGGGUACCUGGGCAUCCCGAACGGCUUUGUGAAGUCCCCUGAGGGUACCAAGGAGAAGAAGCUUUCUGCAGAGAUCGCCAAUGGCCGCUUGGCCAUGAUGGCCAUCAUCGGCAUGUUCUUUCAGAACGGUCUGACAGGCACGGCAUGGGGCGACUGGUCGGUUUACACAGACUCGCCGCUUAGAGCUCUGAGCGCGGCGCAGGAGCUGAUCGUGGGAACAGGCGGCCCGUUCCAGGACAGCUUUUGGGACCCUGCCGGCAUCACUGCAAGGUCAACGGAGAAAGAAGUCUUGCAGCUUCGUGCCAUCGAGCUCAAGCAUGGGCGUGUUGCAAUGCUCGCUGUGCUGCACUGGUUCCAUGUGUCGGCGGGAUACCACCUGCUGGGUGACUACGCGAUCGGAGAGAAGAUGUCGAACAAUCCGCUGGUCAACAUGACGCAGCUUCCAAUGGGCGGUAUGUGGCAGGUCGUGUUCACCAUCAUGUGCCUGGAGUGGGUGACAACCUACAUCUGCAAGCCGCCGGCAGACCGACCUUGGGAUGUCCUCGGCUGGAAGGGCAUCAUCGACGAGAGCUAUGAUUCCAAGGUAUGGAACAGAUGGCAGGACGUCCAGUGCCAGGAGUUGAAUAAUGGACGCCUCGCCAUGAUUGCGAUCACUGGCUUGGUGGCACAGGAUGUGGUCACCGGUGAGUACUUCGAAGGAAUCGGACAGCUGUGCUUCGGAGCGCAGGUCUGCAAGGAUGCGACGCAAAUCAGCUACGAGGCCUGGGAAGUGCCUCCGAUUGCCUACGAAGAGGCUUUCAAGUACUCCUGGUCCAUUGGUCCAUCAUUCAGCGUGUGA